GGAGGGGGAAGCAGCAGCAGAAGCGCCGCAGCUUUGAAGUGAUUACAUGUCAGGAGCAGAGAUGAGAGAGACGUAAAGACUGCAUGAUCCGUGUUACAUUUAUCUUUGUUUUUAUGGUGUUUUCCAGUUAUAGAGUAUUGGUUAGCUUUGAAAAUGCUGGACGUUUGGCGGUUCUAUUGUUUCCUUGUAGUCAGUCACAAGCAGGAAGAUUGGGAGAUAUCUGUAUCGCAACCACAACGAAAUAAUUAGUUUUCUUUCUCAUACAAACUACUUCUGAUAUUGGUGUACCCUUUACAUCUGUUUGUAACAGUGCUUCUGCAUUGUUGUAUAGGUCUUUUUAAGCGCUGUUUCCCUCUAUCUGAUUAGCCUGAAUCUUUCCAAUUUUUUUGCAUCCCUUCUGGAUCAUAUUUCUCUAAGUAACAAGCCAAGUCUGUUGUUUUUUUCCGUGGAGUAUCAAAAUUCUUAUUGAAUCCAUCUUUGUCUUGGUGAGCAAGGUUUGAGUCAAUCAGCAACAAAACUAUUCUUGCUAUGUAAAACAGUUUUUGUAGUAUAGAGUAAUGUAAUGUGCCUCUUAUGGUUCAAUGUGUGAGAAAUUCGAAUUUUUAUACUUACUGCCUUAUCUUGGUUGUCUUAUUCUUUCUAUAGAAGAAAAUUUCACCCUUCUGGCAGUUGUGAUUAGAACAGAUCAAGCCUCCAGUGGCUGAGCCAAAUGAACUUGGAUACAGAUUUUUUUUUGCAAAACCUCUCACCUCUACCAAGUUGAAGUUCUUUGUGAGAAUCUGGAGAAGCUGUUUUGACAUCUGUUAAAAAGUUAUACCAUCUCAGGGAAGCAGCAGCACACUGUGGUUUUCUUGGAGCAGCAACUCUGGUCAGUAAUGAGCAGAUGAGAACGAGUUAAACAGUGCCUGGUAAACAACGCAAUCACAGUGGCAACAGUGUACAAGCAAAGACAUCAAAGAGCAGGGGACUUUGGUGUUCCCAUGUCAGUAGGAAACAUGCCCAGGAUCUCAGCUGCCAGAGUGCCUGCAAUUUUUACAUAGAUUUAUAUAGGUCUUGUAACCAUGUCUGUUAAUGCGACAGAGAAUGAUCCUCCCAGAUUCUUUGUGGGUGGAGAAGAUGGAGAAGGAUUAUUGGAUUCAGCCAGAUCUACAGAUUAUGAACACUUCUAUGACCAUGGGGAAGAAGAGGAGGAAGAGUAUGACUCUCCACCAGAAAGACAAAUUGCAGUUGGGAUUUGUUCAAUGGCUAAGAAAUCAAAGUCCAAACCAAUGAAAGAAAUUCUUGAACGCCUCUCCAUGUUUAAGUAUAUAACUGUGGUGAUAUUUGAAGAGGAUGUUAUUUUGAACGAGCCAGUAGAAAAUUGGCCUUUAUGUGACUGUCUCAUUUCUUUUCACUCUAAAGGGUUUCCACUGGACAAAGCAGUAGCUUAUGCAAAACUCAGGAAUCCAUUCAUAAUCAAUGACUUGAAUAUGCAGUAUCACAUACAAGACAGAAGAGAAGUCUAUGGUAUUCUUAAAGCUGAAGGAAUUUUACUUCCUCGCUAUGCAGUUCUGAACCGUGAUCCAAACAAUCCCCAAGAAUGCAACUUGAUUGAAGGAGAAGAUCAUGUAGAAGUGAAUGGAGAAAUUUUCCAGAAGCCCUUUGUAGAAAAGCCAGUUAGUGCUGAGGACCACAAUGUUUACAUUUAUUAUCCAACAUCUGCUGGGGGUGGAAGCCAGAGGCUCUUUCGAAAGAUUGGCAGCCGGAGCAGUGUUUAUUCUCCUGAAAGCAGUGUGAGGAAAACAGGCUCUUAUAUUUAUGAGGAAUUCAUGCCUACAGAUGGAACUGAUGUGAAGGUGUACACAGUAGGUCCAGACUAUGCUCAUGCUGAGGCCCGGAAGUCUCCAGCUCUGGAUGGCAAAGUAGAACGAGACAGUGAAGGAAAAGAAGUGAGAUAUCCAGUCAUUCUGAAUGCAAGAGAGAAGUUAAUUGCUUGGAAAGUAUGCCUUGCCUUUAAGCAAACAGUUUGUGGCUUUGAUUUGCUACGUGCAAAUGGACAGUCCUAUGUCUGUGAUGUGAACGGCUUCAGUUUUGUGAAAAACUCCAUGAAAUACUAUGAUGAUUGUGCUAAGAUACUGGGAAAUAUCAUAAUGAGAGAACUUGCUCCCCAAUUUCAAAUACCGUGGUCAAUUCCUUUGGAAGCUGAAGACAUUCCUAUUGUGCCAACCACUUCUGGAACAAUGAUGGAGCUUAGAUGUGUUAUAGCUGUAAUACGCCAUGGGGAUCGAACACCAAAGCAAAAAAUGAAAAUGGAAGUAAAACAUCAGAGAUUUUUUGAUCUCUUUGAAAAAUGUGAUGGAUAUAAAUCUGGAAAACUGAAACUGAAAAAACCAAAACAGUUGCAGGAAGUACUUGAUAUAGCAAGGCAGCUCCUUGUAGAACUUGGGCAAAACAAUGAUUCUGAAAUUGAAGAAAGUAAAGCAAAACUUGAACAGCUAAAGACUGUGUUGGAAAUGUAUGGGCAUUUUUCAGGCAUAAACCGCAAAGUUCAGUUAACAUAUCUUCCUCAUGGCUGCCCUAAGACUUCCAGUGAAGAGGAAGAUAAUAGAAGAAAUGAGCCAUCACUGCUUCUGGUUCUAAAAUGGGGAGGAGAGUUGACUCCUGCAGGCAGGGUUCAAGCAGAGGAACUUGGAAGAGCUUUCAGGUGUAUGUAUCCAGGUGGACAAGGAGAUUAUGCUGGAUUUCCUGGAUGUGGAUUACUUAGAUUACAUAGCACUUAUCGACAUGAUCUCAAAAUCUAUGCUUCUGAUGAGGGACGAGUUCAGAUGACUGCAGCAGCUUUUGCAAAGGGACUACUGGCCUUAGAGGGAGAGCUGACUCCUAUUCUUGUCCAGAUGGUAAAAAGUGCUAAUAUGAAUGGUCUGUUGGACAGUGACAGUGAUUCUUUAAGCAGCUGUCAACAUCGUGUUAAAGCAAGGCUCCAUGAAAUUCUCCAGAGAGACAGAGAAUUUACUGCUGAUGACUAUGAUAAGCUCACUCCAUCUGGAAGCAUCUCACUGAUAAAAUCAAUGCAGGUUAUUAAAAAUCCUGUAAAGACAUGUGACAAGGUCUAUUACUUGAUACAGAGUUUGACUUCUCAGAUCAGGCAGAGAAUGGAAGACCCAAAGUCCGCAGAUAUUCAGCUGUACCACAGUGAAACUCUAGAACUGAUGUUGCGCAGGUGGGCCAAGUUGGAAAAAGACUUCAAAACAAAAAAUGGAAGAUAUGAUAUUAGCAAAAUUCCUGAUAUUUAUGACUGUAUAAAAUAUGAUGUACAACACAAUGGAUCGUUAAAAUUAGAAAACACAAUGGAAUUAUAUAGGCUUUCAAAGGCUUUAGCUGACAUUGUGAUUCCUCAGGAAUAUGGUAUUUCUAAAGCUGAGAAAUUGGAGAUUGCCAAAGGUUACUGCACUCCCCUAGUCAGAAAAAUUCGUUCUGAUCUUCAGAGAACUCAAGAUGAUGACACUGUAAAUAAGCUUCACCCUCUCUAUUCCAGAGGUGUUAUGUCCCCAGAACGCCAUGUUCGUACCCGUCUGUAUUUCACCAGUGAGAGUCAUGUCCACUCUCUGUUAUCCACCCUUCGUUAUGGUGCCUUAUGUGACGAAUCAAAAGAUGAACAAUGGAAACGAGCUAUGGAUUACUUAAAUGUGGUCAAUGAACUAAAUUACAUGACACAGAUUGUAAUCAUGCUCUAUGAGGAUCCAAACAAGGAACUUUCUUCGGAAGAACGUUUUCAUGUAGAGCUGCAUUUCAGUCCAGGAGCUAAAGGCUGUGAGGAAGAUAAAAAUCUACCAUCUGGAUAUGGAUACAGACCUGCCUCCAGAGAGAAUGAAGGCUCAAAGAAAACCUCUCAUAGAAAUGACAGCGAUGAGGAGGUUCACGCUUCGAAACGAGAUGAAACAGAUCGCUCAGUAGUGAUGUUCAAGCCUAUGGUAUCAGACCCAAUUCACAUACACAGAAAGUCACCCCUUCCGAGAUCCAGGAAGAUUGGUUCUGUUGAAGAAGAGAGCCCCCUGAGUGUGUCUAGCCCAGAGUGUAUUGGUACCUGGCUGCAUUACACCAGUGGUGUGGGUACUGGGCGUCGAAGACGCAGAUCAGGGGAACAAAUCACUUCUUCCCCUGUCUCCCCUAAAUCACUGGCUUUCACAUCCAGUAUUUUUGGCUCAUGGCAACAGGUCCUAUCAGAAUGCAAUAGUAACUUACGAACACCAAGAACUAUUCUGGAACAAAAGCAGAGUGGUCUAGGGUCUCACUGUGCGGGCCUGUUUAGCACCUCAGUGCUCGGGGGUUCUUCAAGUGCACCUAACCUACAGGAUUAUGCUCGUACGCAUCGUAAAAAGCUGACUUCUUCUGGCUUCAUAGAUGGUUUUGAACUGUAUUCGAUGGUGCCUUCUAUUUGCCCUUUGGAAACCCUACACAAUUCCUUGUCUCUGAAGCAGGUGGAUGAAUUUCUGGCUUCUGUUGCUGCUCCAUCAAGGGAAAAUCUACAGGAGACAUCUUCUCCAACUUACAUGAUGCCCCAUUCAGGAAGAAAAAUUUCUUUAAAUACAUUUACCCCUGCGAAAAUUCAACCGACUCCGCUUGAAACUUUGCCUGAAAGGCUAGUGAUGGAGAAACUAACCUUAUCUACUCUUGGACAUCCUGUUAAUGCAUCUAAUAUUAAACCAUCUCUUGAAGAGGCCUCACUAGAUGCAGAACUUUGUGGUGAAGCUCUUUCUGAGAAGAAAUGAUCAGACAAAACUGGAAACAACUUCUUAAACGGUUCUUUAGUGUGCGUUCAAGCAAAUAAUUGAGAUGUCAAAAGCCACUUCUGUCUGCAUCUGCAAUUCAUAGUGCACUUAAAAAUCUUUAUACAUGGUUAACUAGUGUGCACAGUAUUCAGGUCAAGCGUCUUUUCUCAUUUUCUAAAACAUAGUAUACUUAUCAGUUUUAUGAGCAUCACAGGUUUUAAUGGAAAAGCUGCACAUGAACCUUUUCUGUGUCUUCAAAUAUCUACUGUAAACAUGCACAAAAAGAAGAUGGUACGUAAUACAGUGGCUCUGUUGUUGUCACUAUAAUGAAAUCAUUUUCUGUUGUCUUCAUAAACUUCUAUUUUCAGGAGUUUAUAAUCUCCCUGUGAAUUUCUUCUGUGUGCUAAAACAGGAUAUGCAUCUUGACUUUUUUUUUAAUUUAACUACAUUUCCAAAGAGAUCUCUUUUCAGUGGUUUUGGAGAUAAGCAGAUAUUUCUGCAUUUUAAUUAUAUUAUAUAUAUGCUGCAAUAAUUAGGCAUGAUGGAGUGAGUUCAUGUAUCAGCACUUUUGAUUACUCUUUUUUUUCCUGUGUUUACAUCAGAUCUGUAACAUUCAAAUCUACCUUCUCUUUUAUUGUUUAAUACACAUGCUUGUAUACAGAGAGAGACUGUGGACUACCAGAACUCAUACUAUUCCAAAUACUCAGGAUUCAUCAUGGCCUGGGAAUUUUCAUACCUCCCUGCUUCCAAUCUGCUGGUUGACAGCAAAAAAACCCCCCACAAAAUGAAAAAAAGCCCAAAAAAUUCCCACACAAACCAACCAAAAAAACACCAACAAACCAACAAAAAACCAAACCAAACAACAAAAAAGGAAAAAUAGUUAAACAUUUUAUGAGAUGUAAGAAGCAUUUCUAAAUUGGUGGAACAUGGAGUUAUGGUGUUGUCUAGAAUUAUUAUCCAAUCUAAGUAGUUUUUGUAAUGUUUUUCUGUGGCAUGAAAAAUUACAGGGUUAUGAGUACCCCAAAUGUAUGAAAAUAUAGACCCCUUCUUUAAGUUCAAGUGGCCACGUAGUAAGAAUGGACUUUAUAACUGCAAGUUAGGAAAUUCAUUUCAUGUUUCAGCUGCAGAAGACAGCUUAUGAGUAAAAUACUUAAGUAGGGCUCUUACUUGUCUCCAGAGCCAGUGCAAGUUGCACUAGUUACAUUCACUGGUUACUAGUUACAUUCACUUUGUCACAGGGACUUUUUUCAGUGUUUACCAUAUAUGAAAUGGCUUCAGCAGAUGAUUAACAGUGCUGAUUAAAUACCAAAAAUAUGAAGGGUUUCACAGCUAUGUAUUUCAAGCAUUUCAUUUUCCAUAGUGUUACUGUGUUACUUAGAAUGUUGGUCUUGCAUACAACUGAAUGUACCCUUGUUUACCGUUUAAAAAGAGAACCUAAAAAUUUAAGUAUAUGUAUCAUUCCAGUCAACCAAAGCUGUGGCAUAACUUUUUUUACGUGCUUCUAAAUAAAAGCAAGGUCACUAGCAA